UUGUACACCUUCAGACAAGGAAGAGCACUGCUUGUCACGAAGAGCAGAGCUCAAGCUGAUUUGGACCCCAUCAAAAUAAACAGCUGGGAUGGAGUCAACUCGCGAGAUCCUGCUUAAAGCUUUAGAAGACCUGGACGAUACAGACCUGGAGAGAUUUCAAUGGCAUCUUCAGCAACCUAAUCUCCCACAGUUCGCUCCGAUACCCAAAGCCCGUCUGAAAGACAAUAGAAUCAGUAUUUCGGACAGGAUGUGUCAAAGCUACAAGGACAGUGGUGCUCUUGAAAUUGCAGUGGUGAUCCUGAAGAAAAUGAACCAGAAUAAUCUUGCUGAGAAACUUGAGACUACAAUGGGGACAAAUAAAGCUAUUUCCAAUGCAAAGAAAUCUAAGACUGCACAGGAGAAAUUGAAAAACAUACUGAAGACAAAACAUGAAUCAAUCCAUGAAGGGCCUUCAUUGGACAAGCCUUCCACAUGCCUCAACAAGAUUUUCACAGAUCUCUAUAUUGUAAAGGGAGGCACAGGUGGGGUCUACACUGCUGAGAUGGAGUCAACUCGCGAGAUCCUGCUUAAAGCUUUAGAAGACCUGGACGAUGCAGACCUGGAGAGAUUUCAAUGGCAUCUUCAGCAACCUAAUCUCCCACAGUUCGCUCCGAUACCCAAAGCCCAUCUGAAAGGCAAUAGAAUCAGUAUUUCGGACAGGAUGUGUCAAAGCUACAAGGACAGUGGUGCUCUUGAAAUUGCAGUGGUGAUCCUGAAGAAAAUGAACCAGAAUAAUCUUGCUGAGAAACUUGAGACUACAAUGGGGACAAAUAAAGCUAUUUCCAUGGUAUCAAAGAAAUCUAAGACUGCAAAGGAGAAAUUGAAAAACAUACUGAAGACAAAAUAUGAAUCAAUCCAUGAAGGGCCUUCAUUGGACAAGCCUUCCACAUACCUCAAUGAGAUUUUCACAGAUCUCUACAUUGUAAAGGGAGGCACAGGUGGGGUCUAUCCUGAGCAUGAAGUUCGGCAGAUUGAGGUAUUGUUCAGAGGCACUGCAGGAAAACCCACUAUCAAAAGCAGUGAUAUUUUCAAAGCGCGUCCUGAAGACAGGACACCAGUCAGGAAAGUGCUGACACUGGGAAUCGCUGGUGUGGGAAAGACAGUCUUGGUGAAUAAGUUUAUUUUAGAUUGGGCAGAAGACAAAGCUAAUUGCAACAUUGACUACAUCUUCCCUUUUGCUUUCCGUAGACUGAAUUCAAUGACUGGAAACUACAGCCUAAUACAGCUGCUCGGUCAACAUUUUGAAUUUUUUAAUUCCGAGAGCACCUUUGAUGACAGUAAAGUGCUGUUUAUUUUCGAUGGGCUCGACGAGAGCCGACUUCCUUUGGAUUUUGCUAAGAACGAGUUUGUCAGGGAUGUAGAGAAAAACACAACAUUGGAUGCAUUGAUCACUAACCUCAUCAUGGGAGAGCUGCUUCCUUCUGCUCUGGUCUGGGUCACGUCUCGUCCAGCAGCUGCCAGUCGUGUCCCUCACAGGUAUUUCAAUCAAAUCACAGAAAUCCAGGGUUUUUCAGACAAACAGAAGGUGGAGUACUUCAGAAAGACAAUCAGAGAUAAGGAUAAAGCCAGCAAAAUCAUCUCCCACAUGAAGACAUCAAGAAGUAUCCACAUUAUGUGCCAUAUACCAGUUUUUUGCUGGAUCUUCACCACUGUGGUUCAAACAAUGCUUUGUCAACGCGACCAUCAGGAGAUCCCAACCACUUUGACAGGGAUGUAUGCAAGCUUCCUUAUUUAUCAGACCAGACAGACAGAGAUAAAAUACCAUAAAACAAACAAAAUCGUGUUGAAACUGGGAAGACUGGCAUUCCUGCAACUGCAAAAUGGGAAUCUAAUAUUCUACGAAGAGGACCUAAGAGCGUGCGGCAUCGACAUGAACGAGGCCUCAGUGUAUUCUGGCGUCUGCACACAGAUUUUUCGGCAGGACAGGACAAUGCAGGAAAAGAAGUGCUUCAGCUUUGUACAUCUCAGCAUCCAAGAGUUCCUGGCUGCUGUUUAUGUGUUUUAUGCACACAGAAAUUACAAGAGGAAUCCUGUCCUGCAAAGUUUUACAGGGAAGUUCAAAUGGAUUUUCCAACACACUCUGCUCAAUCUACACAAGACUGCAGUGGACAAGGCUUUGCAGAGUAAAAAUGGCCACCUGGACCUGUUUCUCCGCUUCCUGCUGGGUCUUUCUCUCAAAUCCAAUCAGGACCAUGUCAGAGAUCUCCUGCCAGAAAUUAAGGAAAGUGAAGAGCAUGUCAAAGACACCAUCAAGCACCUCAAAGAGAAAAUCAGAGCAAACAUCUCGCCUGAGAGAAGCAUCAAUCUUUUCUACUGCCUGAACGAGCUAAAAGAUGACUCACUUGUGGAAGAAGUUCAGAGCUAUGUGAGGCAGGGAAGCCUUGCAUCUGAGGAGCUGUCUCCCACACAGUGGUCUGCUCUUGUAUUUCUAUUGAUGACUUCAGAGGACACCCAGAAGCUGUUUGACUUGAAGAAAUACACACAAGCAGAUAAAGGGUUAAGGAGACUACUGCCUGUUGUUGGAUAUUCUACCCAGUCUUUACUGGACCGAUGCAACCUCACUAACGCAAGUUGUGAAGGAAUUGCCUCUGUAAUCUCCUCAAAGUCAUCAUAUUUGCGGUGCCUGGAUCUCAGUGACAAUAACCUGCAGGAUUCUGGAGUAAAUAAGCUUGCUGCCGGUCUCAAGGAUCCACAUUGUAAGCUGGAGACAUUGAGGUUAUCUGGCUGCUUAGUCACAGAUGAAGGGUGUUCUUCUCUGGCUUCAGCCCUGAAAUGCAAUCCCUCGCACCUGAAAGAGCUUGAUCUGAGUUACAAUAACCCAGGAGAUGCCGGAGUGCAGUUGCUGAAUGAUAGACGUGAUGAUCUGAAUUGUAAACUUGAAAAGCUCAAUUUUGACUAUUGUGGACCAUUGAGAAUGCUGACUGGCCCCCGGAAAUAUGCCUGUGAGCUCACACUGGACUCAACCACAGCGCACCAACACCUUUCUCUUUCAGAGGGUAACAAGAAGGUAACAUGGGAGGACGAAGAACAGAAGCACCCCAAGCACCCAAACAGGUUCAAAUUCAAGGAGCAGGUGCUUUGUAGAGAGGCUCUGUCCAGACGGAGUUACUGGGAGGUUGGCUGGAGUGGAGAGGGAGUUCAUAUUGGAGUGGCUUACAAGCGAAUACGGCGAGGGGGACAAGGGGAAGACUGCUGGCUGGGACACAACGAAGAGUCCUGGAAACUUUACUGCUCUCACGACAGUUAUACUGCUUGGCACUGUAAGAAAAGCAUAUACAUGUCUGUUCACUGCUCUACAAAAAUCGGAGUGUUUCUGGACUGGGAAGCUGGAACAUUGUCCUUCUAUAAUGUCUCCCCUGACACAAAAGCACUGAAACACCUGUACACAUUCUGUGCUACAUUCACAGAACCCUUACAUCCUGGUUUUCGUGUGUUACACUCCUCAGCAUGGCUGGAUUGCAUCUAAAAGCUGGGUGUGUGUUCUGAGGUCACAGAGAUGAAAAUCUGUAAUUCUAAAAUGUGAAACUCUUUCACCAUCUGUUAAGUUGGUUACUUUUUCUGGCCUAUGAUUAAUUCAUUCUAGAAAUGUCCAGUGUGACUGCAGUCAUAAAAAGAAAGUAGCUUUGGCACUGAGAAAUAAAAAAGUAGAAAUGCUGGGAAGGAAGAAGGUGGAUGCAAAUCUAGAAUUUGUUGGUAGAAAUCACCACGCAAAACUUAAAAACCAAAAACAGUUAAAAUCCAACACUUAACAAUCUAAAUAACAAUGGUCAAAUCCAGGGGCACAAAAAACAGAAAAGUAGUCAAAAGAACAUCCAAUCACAAA